AGCACAUGUACUUGCUUUCAAAUGCCAAGAGAAGCUAGUUGUCAUUCGAUGUUGAUUAGUUAAUUACGCAUUUGUUUUGUGAAAUAAAUUUGUAAUAUUUAAUUAUGUGUAAGUUGAAAAAAUAAAGCAGAACUAAGCGUAAUGUCCUUUAUUUUCUUGUAUGUUGGACUGUUGCUAUGGAAACGUCCACAGAAUGUGGAAAUACAUUCCGGUUGAAGUGAAUGUGCCAUGUGAUCACGUUGAAUGCAUAACUUGUUUUUCGUGAAUGAUAGUGAUGUAUAAAUUGAAAAUACUGCUUGUUGGCCCUUGUGCUAGUGGAAAAACAGCAAUUGCAAAUUUUCUGUCAGAUGCUACAGAAAAUUCCAGUGGUGAAUACCGGCCAACGCAGGGGGUUCGGAUAUUGGAGUUUGAAAUGCAAAACUUGAAUGUCAGCAACAGAUACUUAAAGGCAGAGGUUGAGCUGUGGGAUUGCAGUGGUGACCAUAAAUUUGAAGCCUGCUGGCCAGCUCUACAGCGAGACACUCAUGGAAUUAUAUUUGUAUAUAAUCCAUCCAAAGAAGAUCAUGCAAGAGACUUAGAGCUGUUGUACAAUUAUUUUGUCACACAAACAGGAUUCAGCUACAAAAAUUGUGUUGUGUUUGCUAACCAAAAGCAGCCUGCUGAUAAGGAUGUCAAGCAUUCUUCUAAGCUCUUAAACACAUUUUCACGUGUGCCCCAAGUCUCAGUCAAUGUUGAAGAAAGUGGGAAUCGACUACGAGCAGACUUCAACAGUUUUAUAGCAUGUGUAUUAGGAGGACUGAAGGAUCGUACUGAACAAGAGGAACUCAACAUUAUUAAUAUGCAAUCUGCUUAGUACUUAUUCAGUCUAUACUCAUGUUUUUUCUGCAGUGUGAUGUGACUUAUUGGAAUAAUUUUGAUUUCCACAUAUUAAUUCAAUAUGGUUGCAUCUUGUUCUGUAGUAACACUGAUACACGUGUAGUGCAUGUCCAGAUGGAAAGUAUCCAAAAUUAAAAAUUAUAUCUCCGAAACUAAUUAUCUUACAUAUAUCCGGUUUAUAUCAUCAGAAAUGAAAACUGGGGAAGGUUUCUUUUUUAUGCCCAGCUUAUGUGCAUAGCCUUCAUAGGCUUCUGGGAUUCAUAUUAAAAUCAAAAAGUCACAUUACAACCAAUGGUCAGUUGGCCAAUAAGUCUUGGUGUCAAGCCCCUUCUGGGGCCCAAGAACAGAUUUUUGUUACUGUCAGUUGCAGCUUUGUCAGUGUGGGUGCCCUCUUUGAUGUGAGGAUGGGUCUAUGAUUUGUCAAGGUCAUAUUUAGCAGGACAUGUCAUUAUAUGCAGCCAUUUUACUUAAUGAAUUUUAAUACUGUCAUGUGAUAGAGUGACUAUAGAUGGGUUUUGGAUUGGUAAUUGCAUUUAUUGAACUUGCAGAUCCGUAUCUACAAGUAAUUUUAACCAUUUCAUUCACACACCUUACAGUUCACUAAAGCACACACUUAAGUGUUCUCAGCCUGCUGUAUCUUCACAAGUCUUCUGGUAAUGGCUUCCAAUGGCAGAUUUUCCACUUCUUCUGGGUUCCUGUACUGUCCUGUCCUGAGCUAUGGCAAUUCUUGACUGACUGACUGCCUGACUGUCAAGAGUCAUACUCAGAGUUACUUCAUAACUAGCAGUUUACCACUGAUCAAUUCCUCUUGGUGCCAAGACCCUUGAGGCCCACAGCCAGAAAAAUUUCUUUUUCCUGCAGUUGAAUCCUCGUGGUCAUAAUCCUUGCGUAACACUCUCUCUGACUUGAGGAUGGGUUUGUCUCUUACAAAUAGUCUUGACAUUUGCCAAGUGUGCAUUCAUUCUGAGCAUUCUAUAUGACUUCUGCUUGUUGCCGGCACAAUUUUAUUAUAUAAUUGUAUAUAUACAGAAGGUUAAAAGUCGUGUGCAAAUGGUGGACUGAUGUGCACCUUGGAAUAUUUCCAGUGAUGCGGAGGACCUUGUUUUGCAGGUGCUGCAAUUUUAAGGUGUAGGUGUCUGCUGCAUAUUUCCAGAUGGGACAAGCAUAAAUCAUAACUGAUCUGAUCAGUGCUUCAUGGAGGGUUAGAUUAAUGUUGGCGCUUGAACACUCACUUUUGAAUAGGAAGUAGAUUCUGAUAAAUGUUCAGAAGGUCUUGGAGUCCAUGAUUUCUGUCUGCAGUCCCCAUGUAAUCUGCUCAUCGAAGAUAACAUGAAGAUAUUUUACAUGAUUGAUGAAGGGGAUAUUCCAUCCAUUCAUUGUAAAAUGAGCCCUCGCUCACACUGAACGGAAUUAAUUAACCUUUAAUAAUCCAUAAUUACUUCGGCUUUCGUGUCCGGGUGAUAUGUUAUUCCUAAACGUCCAUGAACAGCAGCUGGUGCCUUUGUUCAAGCCCUUUUCAUUCAUAAGUGAUUUAACAAUAGGCCACAGAGCUGGACGUGUGAUCUCACAGUUUCCUACUUUUGUUUUCCACUGUUCGAGUGCAUUUCUACAGGUCAUCUUUAUGAUUUUGGCGACCCAAUUAACUGCCGUUUUACAUGCUGGUUCGUGGAUUACUUGCCACAGUUUCCAUAACCACCAUUUAUGUUUUGGCAGGCUCUGCACACCAGGUAAUACGUAAUUUAUGUGUGAGAGUGUAAUUUUGCUUGUCGAUAGCCUAUUUGCAGAAGCUAUAGAGGCAGUAAAGUUGCAGGCUGCUUUGCUGGCUUAUUCCCAGAGUUAAUUUGGAUUCUAGUUGAAAUUAAUUCAGAAGCCAGGCUUUGAAACCGCUCCCAGUCUGUGAAUUUGUCAGCAGGGUCUGAAAGAUUACAUAAUUCUAACAUGAUCCAGUAAGUGGAAAAUGACUGGUAGGUGAUAUGAGUCCAUAAUAUCAGAGACAGUGACUUCUGACAGUCAGACAUUCUUGCGCACAAAAAUAUUGGGCACGUUACCAUUUCCUGCAGGAGAGUAAUGAGUGGAAAAUUGUGGUGCUGAAAUUUCAAACUCAUUUAUAUGCCGUAAAUUCGGUAGUUUCACGUCUGAAGGAUUCCAAAAUGGAUGUUGAGCAUUCAGAGGGCCUGUACUGACAUACUUAUUCUCUAAUUUCCUGUUGUGGCAGAUGCUGUUGCAUGGGGGUCUGAAGCUUUUCCCAUCUGUCUGUGAUGCCUGUGGUUGCUGAUGUUGCAUGUCUUGAUGCAGUGCAGCUGCAUAGGAAUGCUCUGGUUAGGUGAACUUAGGGAAAAACGCCCUCCCAGAGGAUCCCUUGGAAGUUCAUUGUGCUCUUUUUGUUUGAAGUUCUCCUUUUGCACUGGCUGCAGUAUUGAUAUGACGCUAGAUGAGGUUUCUCUUCUUCUGCUAUGGUGCGAUUGCAGCAGCUAGGCUUAGAUUCUGUAUUUAUCUUUUCAGGGAAAUCCCUAAACAGGUGGCCGCCGCCACACCACAAACAUCGAGGGGGUUACAUGCAUUUAGCCCAGACAUGGCCAAAGCUUUGGCAGUUGUAGCACCUCAUAAGGCCCAGUCUCAUCUCUGUAUACCUUGAUGAUAACAUUGUUAAUGCUAUUCAGCCUGCAUAUCUCUUGAGAUUUUAUGAUUCUUGUUAAGGUAACAAGGAAUAGGGGGAUGGAUUCAACGUGGGUUUGUCCAUUGGAUGAUGUUCGAGUGGCUGUCAUUUGCCUCAUGUUGAUGACGUUGAAAUCUGAGUACUCAAGGCUGGCACAUCUGGGGGAAGGUG